AUGGAUCAGGAAAAGGGCAAGAAGAAGGAAGCAAUCGUCAUCUCGAGCGACGAGGGUGAGGCCGAGGAAGGCAACCCCUCGGCUCACCCCCUCACCCCCCGAAGCGCCGCGUCUGCCGGCCAGCUCCGGGUUGCCCGCCUUCUCGCCGAAGGCCCCGAGGGCUGGUCUCCCGGGCGUGGUCCUCCCACCCUCGCCGAGUUCGGCCUGGCCCCUGCCCUCCCCCCGGCCCCGGUCUCUGCCCACCCCCCUGCGUCCUCUCGGACUGUCGCCUCUGCCGCUGCCGCUCCCAUCGGGCCCACCUCCCGUGCGACCAACGCCCGCGCCAGCCCGGCGGCCUCGGCGGCCUCGACAACCUCCAGCUCCGCCAGCAGCUCGAUCGGGUCGGGAAGCUCGGCCUCUGUCGGCUCCUUCUUCGACGACGAGGACUCCCAAGGAAGGAUUCGGGCGCAGACAGGCAGCAGGAAGGACCACCGCCGCUGCAAGUUCAAGUACUACCAGCGCAGACAAAGCCGGUCCAAGUACCGCAACGUGUACCGUUGCAAAGGAUACCCCGGAAACCCCGAUUGCAAGAACCUGCUCUACUGCUCUCGCGAGCGGAAGUGCCACCAUAAGUCCAACUUCAAGGACAAGAACGGGCGUAUCAACCUCAAGAACUGCGCAAGUUGCCGCGCCGAAACUCGUACCGCCAAGAUCGAGGACAAGGGCGAGCGAGAAGCCAAGAGACGCCAGCUGGCCUCCGAAUUCAAGGCCGUUCCAUUCAAACGCGGUUCCGGUGCUGGUCGUAACGCCAAAGGCAAGAAGAAGCGUCCCAGCAAGAAGAACAACUCUGCCCGCAAGGGUAAGGCCACUGUCAAUUCCGGCCGCAAGGCUGUUGCAGGCGAGACUGAGUCCGACGUCGAGUUGGAGGAGGAAUCCCUGGAUCACGUGGGUCUGCCUGACGAGCGUCCUGGUCUGAAGAGACGUCGCGAGGAUGAUUCGGAAGAUGACAAUUACGGCGCCAACGGAAAGGGAGGAUUCUCGGGCUUUGGCGAAGGUAACGGUGCGGUUCCUGUAGCUGCCUGCUAA